AUGUGUGGUGUACGCACGUGCAGGGUAUGCAAGAAGAGUGCUCACGAGGGCAAGUGUCUACCUCAGCUAGACUGGUUGAUGGAGAAAUUGAUGAACAAGAAGAUUUGGAAGCGAUGUACUAAAUGCAGCCGUGUGAUUGAGCUUAAAGAGGGCUGUCCUCAUAUCAUUUGUAUUUGCAGAGCCCAAUGGUGCUACCACUGCGGGAAGAAAUGGAAAACUUGCGACUGUCCGAAAUAG